AUAUAUAUAUAUGUAUAUUUAAACACGAAGAAACAAAUAACAAACUAUAUUUCUACUGACCGAGCGAAGAUCAUUUGAAUUCAAAAUUAGCGCGUAAUGCGUUGUUUCAUCAUGGUGGACAACGCGUCCCUUCGUUCGUCGUAGCUCUCUCGUAUGUAUUUAUUUCGAAGAAAAAAAAUAAAUAAAUACGAAAAUAAGGGAGUAGAGUAGGGAUAACCGACUUUAAAACUUUACAUUUAACUUGACAAGAUGUAUCGUACAAGAAACCCCGACGACGAAAGACAAGCAAAAGAUUUUAUUACAAUCGUUCUUCUUUUUAUUCGGAGAUCAAGAAAAUUUGUCUUUACGCGCAUGCGUAAACGAUCGAUCGAUGCUGUACCGUUAUAAGGGAUAUUAAGAAUUUAUCAGAACCGAUUCUUUGUAAGAAAAAUUAUUAUAUAAAAAAUAUUAGUAAAACGGAAGAAGAAGAAGAGGAAGUAUCUUUUGUUUUUUAGUUCCGGAAGUUGUUAAUUUUGAACAACAACGUAAAUACGCGGGAAAUUGAAAAUGGGUUUAUUAACGUGGCUACGGAGACAAUCAACUGCGUUGAUCCUUGAUGUCAGUGGUGUUACUGGUAUUUUGUAUUCCUGGCGUACCUCGAAUAAAUAUCUGGCUGCUUUGGUUUCAUUGUAUUAUUUGGGUACUAGAACCUUACAUUUAUAUUAUAAUUCACGGAACCAAAUCGAACGUGGUCAAGCUAUAGUAAUUACCGGUUGUGAUUCGGGACUUGGAUAUAGCUUAGCAUUUCAUUGCCAAUCUCUUGGAGCUGUCGUAAUAGCUGGUGUUCUCGAUGAGAAUGGUCUCGGUGCAACAUCAUUAAAGGAAAAUGGCAUCAUCGUAUUUCCUCUCGAUAUUACAGACGAAAGCAGUAUUAUACAGUUUUACAAUUUUCUAAACACCUAUCUCUACCAAAAGGAUUUAACUUUGAAAGCACUGGUAAAUAAUGCAGGUGUUAUGGUGUUCGGUGAAUUUGAAUGGCAAACUAAGAAUCAGUUGAGACAACAAUUAGAGGUGAAUCUUAUUGGGACGAUGGAGAUCACGCAUAAAUGUAUGCCAUUAAUAAGAAGAGAUUUAAGUAGGAUUAUCCUUAUUUCGAGUCAUUGUGGUUACGAACCUUUGCCAGGAGUUGCAAUUUACAGUGCAACAAAGGCUGGUAUUAAUGCUUGGGCAACAUCCAUUAGGGUUGAACUCAAAAAAUAUGGCAUCGAUAUUGUCAUUUUUGUUCCUGGAUCGUUCACGCAAGAAAGUAAUAUUUUAUCCGAACAAACGAAUAAUUUCGAUGCAAUGAAAGAAAUUAUGUCGAUAGAAGCUGCUGAUUUUUACGGCGAUUAUUUCGACAGAUACGCGAAAUAUUUCGAACCGUUGUCAGUUAAGGAUGGACCAAAAAAAAUAAAGAAUCUACAGAUUUAUGAACAAUUUACUGGAGCUUUGUUAGAUCGUUUUCCUUCAUCUAUUUAUAAAUGCGAACCAUGGAGAUAUUUCUUUUAUUAUACGUUAUUCAAAAUUACCCCCAAUUACAUACGCGAUCGUUUGACAGAAUAUUUCGUACAAUUACCGCGUUGGAAUGAACGGAAGAUUAUUGGCGAUCAAAAUAAAUUACAGAAAGAUACGUUUCAAGGAAUUAACGCUAAUGGUUACAAAUCGUUUAAAGUGUGUUUGAUUAGAUAUUAGGCUACAAUAAAUACUCCAUUGGAGUAAGCAUUGUGAUCAGUCAACGAAAAAUCUC